UUUCAUAGUCCAUAUUCGACCGCAACGUGUUGGAAAAAUUUAGUUGAGUUUUGAACAAGAUGUUAAACUUUUUUCACUUUGUCAUUAUUAUCGUCAUCGUUGUUCCUAUUCGGUCAGAAAAUUUUCAACCACUAUUGGAUAAGAUCGCAAAUAUAAGUAUUGGAGUUUUGAAGUUUUUGGAGAAAAGUCAACAAUUCUUUAAUCAUGAGAUGCCGGAUAUGAUCCCGCGGCACGGAGAAAUUUAUGACUUUGUGGUGGUUGGUGCUGGCACGGCUGGAUCCGCUUUAGCUGCAAGAUUAAGCGAAAUUCCCGAAGUUAAAGUAUUGUUGAUUGAAGCUGGAAGUAACGAGAACUAUUUAAUGGAUGUUCCAUUGGCAGCUUCGUUUUUGCACAUGAAUGACGACGUCAGUUGGAAAUAUCAUACAAAGCCAUCGAACAGAUACUGUCUCGGUAUGGCGAAUAAAGAGUGUCAUUUUCUAGGAGGCAGAGUAAUGGGUGGUUGCAGUGUGAUAAACUACAUGAUCGCCACCAGAGGCGGCACCGAAGAUUACGAUCGUUGGGCCGAGAUGGGAAACGAGGGCUGGGCUUACAAGGACGUUUUAAAGUAUUUAAAAAAAUUGGAAACCGUCGAUAUUCCAGAUUUGCAAUCGGAUACCACUUAUCGUGGAACUAAUGGACCAGUGCACAUCUCUUAUCCGCUAUUUCGCACGCCAAUGGCAGAUGCCUUUUUAAAAGCUGGCCAAGAGCUAGGAUAUCCCUUAGUGGAUUAUAAUGCAGAGAACUCAAUAGGAUUCUCGUAUCCGCAAAGCACUCUCAUCAAUGGCACUCGCAUGAGUAGCAACAGAGCUUACUUACAUCCUAUACGUGACCGCAAAAAUCUUUACGUAACUAAAAACAGUGUGGUAAACAAAGUGCUGAUUGAUCGCCGUGCGAAUAAAGCAAUCGGCGUACAAUUGACCAAAACCGAUCGAACUAUUUCCGUGUUUGCGAGUAAAGAGAUUAUCUUGUCCGCGGGUGCCAUUAGAUCACCUCAGUUGCUAAUGCUAUCCGGUAUCGGACCAUUUAAACAUCUCGCAAAUCUCGGAAUAGACGUCGUCCGAGACGCGCCGGUCGGAGAAAAUCUGAUGGAUCAUGUAACCUUCUACGCGUUGUCGUGGAAAAUAAACAAACCAAUAAGUUUACGAGAACGAGAUAUUUCUGAUGUCUUCCGUAAUUCGUACAUUACGGAUCUUCUGCUGAACAACUCAGGGCCGUUAACGAGCACGGCCGCCGAAGCUCUCACUUUUAUCAAUACCAAACAGCCAGAAAAACGCAGUGGUUUGCCGGACAUUGAACUAUUACUUUCUGGUAAUGUAAAUAUGGGUCAACCUGUGUUCAAAAAAGUAAUGAAUCUGAAUAAUGAACUAACUAAGAUAGUCAGCAAAUACAACGACGAUUACGGCUGGAGUAUUGUUCCGAUAUUAUUGAAACCGAAGAGUCGCGGUCGAAUAAGAUUAAUUGCUAAUGAUGUUGAUGUUAAACCUGAAAUUAUUCCAAAUUAUUACGACGAUCCAGAAGAUGUCAGAACAAUGAUUAAUGGUAUUAAGACGGCAAUUAAGAUUAGCAAUACCAAAUCAAUGCGAGCGUUUAAUCCAGAAAUGUUAGUGAUACCCAAUUUUUGCGACCAAUACACACUUGAAUCACACGCCUUUUGGGAAUGUGCAAUAAGGACGAUAUCCAACACGUUGUAUCAUUACUCCGGUACUUGUAAGAUGGGGCCGAGAGCGGAUCCCACUGCUGUUGUCGAUCCUGAAUUAAAGGUGAUCGGAGUUAGAGGAUUAAGAGUAGUUGACGCAUCCAUUAUGCCGGAGAUCCCAUCGGGACACCUAACUUUGCCAGUUUACAUGAUUGCCGAGAAAGCGGCAGAUAUGAUUAAAAAAGAAUGGAGACUAUAAGAUAUUAUAAUUAUACAUAUAUAAUUAUACUCUAUUUAAUUUGCACACUUAUUUAAUUUGUUAGCGGACUUUGGCGGCGGAAUGUUUUUUGAGGAAGAAACUACAUAUGCGCAGAACGCGCAUCAGUCAUUUCACGAUUAUAUUUAUUAUUUAUUGUUAUAUAAUUUUGUUUUAGUUCUGUCAGAGCGAUUUCAUACAAAUGUUUGUUCGUAAACAUUUUCUUAAUAAAAAUUACUAAUUAUGUUCUGUUUUUGUCAUAUCAAUAAAAGUUUAUCAUUGGAAGAUUGUCGCGAUUAUGUAUAAUUUUUAAUUUGAUAUUUAAUUUAACAAAUUUAAGAUUUAAAAAAAUCUGUACUAACAAAAAAAAGUCCCGUUGUAAUAUAAACUUUAUUUCUUAUAGAUUUACGUGUAAUAUACGUACUUUCGCUUUAUAUAAAAAUGUUCAUAUCGGCAUAUGUGUAAUAAAAUAUUACCUGCUAAUAUACAUAUAGCAUUAUGUCCAUAUCCGUUCCAAGUUUAGAGAAAAUAGAUCAAUGUGAAUCCAAAGUUUCAGAGUCCAAAUAAUAAAGUGCCAUUCCAUUGCUGUUAGUCAUCUCGGUGAAAGAUGUGAUUGGAAGUUGAUGCACAUGUACUUAUCUGAACACAAUAAAAAAUCACAACGAGCAAAUGUAAAACUCAUGCAUACG